AAAUGGUUAAUCCCAUUAUUUUCCUGCGUCGUUCCACUCGUCUUGUCGACGAAACCCUCCGUUGAGAGAUUCUGUCGCACCCAAAUCUGCAGUGAAGCAAAGUUCCCGUGUUCGUCUCGGUCGUGUUCCAAAGGUACUGAAUUGCGAUACAUCACUCCUUCAAUCUCUCUCUCUUGUCUUCAAUCGUUUACCGCAUUCUCAACACAAAACCCUAUCGAAAGUGCGAAACCCCCUUUUGAAUUCACAAAACCCUAUAGGUGUUUUGAUGGAUAUGGAGUGGUCUGAAUCGCGGUACGAGGGUAGGAAUGGUAAAGACGAAUCAUCCCCUGUGAGGGAGCCAUAUGAUGAUGAUGGGGUGGAGAAAUCAAGUAAGCAUAGAGCCAAGGAUAGGAAGAAGAGCGACCGGAGUAAAGACCGGGAACCGACCAAAGAGGCGAGGGAUGUAGAGAAGGAUAGAGUGGGUGGAAGGGAACGGAAGAAGGAGGAUAGGGAUGAACGUGAUAAGGACAGAGGGAAAGAUGGGAAGAUGAGGGAGAAAGAUUAUGAUAGAGAGAAAUACCGGGAGAAAGAGCGCGAGAGGGAUCGAGAUAAGAAGGACCGGAGCAAUCGUGAGAAGGAAAGGGAGAUAGAAAAAGAUGGGGAGAGAGGGCGGGAUAAAGAAAGGGAAAAGGAGAAGACUAGGGAUAGGGAUAAGGGGAAGGAGAGGGAGCGAGAGAAGCAUAGAGAUAGAGAAAAGGAGAGGGAAAGCUAUAGAGAUGGGGACAGGGAGAAGGACAAGGGGAAAGAUAAAAUUAGAGAGAAGGAGAGGGAGAUGGAUCGAGAUAAAGAAAGGUCGAGAGAUAGAGUGAGCAGAAAGACGACUCACGAGGAAGAUCAUGACUUGAGUAAUGUUGAUGAUAAAGUAGACUACCGUGAAAAGAGAGAUGAGGACGUUGGCAAGCAAGCGAAGGCUUCAAAGCUGGGUAAAGAUGAUCAUGAUGGCGAAACAUCAGCGCACUUGUCAUCAGCUGAACUUGAAGAACGUAUCUUGAAGAUGAAAGAAACAAGGGCAAAGAAACAUUCUGAAGCUGCUUCCGAAAUCUCAUCAUGGGUUAGUAAAAGCCGUAAGAUUCAAAAGGAAAGAGCAUUGCAGCUCUCAAAGGUUUUUGAGGAGCAGGACAACAUUGCAGUAGAGGGAAGUGAUGAUGAGGAUACAACCAAUCACACUGAUAACCACCUGGCGGGUGUGAAAGUUCUUCAUGGCCUUGAUAAAGUUGUGGAAGGGGGGACAGUAGUUCUGACUAUCAAAGAUCAGCCCAUACUUGCUGAUGGUGAUAUUAAUGAAGAUGUCGAUAUGCUUGAGAACGUGGAAAUUGGAGAACAAAAACGACGGGAUGAGGCUUAUAAAGCUUCAAAAAAGAAACCUGGCAUAUACGAGGAUAAGUUCAAUGAUGACCCCUCUGUGGAGAAGAAAAUGCUUCCACAAUAUGAUGAUCCAACUGCGGAUGAGGGUUUAACUUUGGAUGAAAGAGGACGAUUCACUGGUGAAGCUGAGAAGAAACUUGAAGAGCUGAGAAGAAGAUUAACAGGUGAUUCCUCCACGAAUAACCUUGAAGAUCUAACUUCAUCUGGAAAGGUAUCAUCAGAUUACUAUACUCAAGAAGAAAUGCUAAAAUUUAAGAAGCCCAAGAAGAAAAAGUCCUUGCGGAAGAAAGAUAAGCUGGACAUUAAUGCCCUCGAAGCUGAAGCUAUCUCUUCAGGAUUGGGUGUUGGUGACCUUGGUUCUCGGAAAGAUGCUAGUAGGCAAGCCAUAAAAGAUGAACAAGAAAGAUUGGAUGCUGAGAUGAGAAAUAAUGCGUACCAGUCUGCUUAUGCCAAAGCUGACGAGGCCUCCAAAUUACUGCUUCUAGAACAAACUAUCAAUGUUAAAGCAGAGGAAGAUGAAACUCCAGUUUUUGCAGAUGAUGAUGAGGAUCUUCGUAAAUCCUUAGAGAAAGCAAGGAGAUUAGCUCUGAAAAAGCAGGAGAAAGAAGUGGCAUCUGGCCCUCAAGCUGUUGCUUUACUUGCCACCUCAAACCACAAUAAUGAGGUUGUGGAUGAUCAAGCUGGAGCAGAUUCACGAGAAAACAAGGUGGUCUUCACAGAGAUGGAAGAAUUUGUCUGGGGUCUCCACAUUGAUGAAGAAGCACGUAAGCCAGAAGGUGAAGAUGUUUUCAUGCAUGAUGAUGAAGUGGCAGAAGUUCGUGAUGAACAAAAGAGUGACGAGGCUGGUGGAUGGACAGAAGUUAAAGAAGCUAGUGAAGAUGAACAAACCAAGUCGGAAGAUAAGGAGGAGAUAGUUCCAGAUGAAACUAUCCAUGAAGUUUCUGUAGGAAAAGGAUUGUCAGGUGCAUUGAAACUUCUAAAAGAUCGAGGAAGCCUUAAAGAAAGCAUUGAAUGGGGUGGGAGGAACAUGGAUAAGAAGAAAAGCAAAUUGGUUGGUAUCGUAGAUGAUGAAGGCAAGGAUGCACAGAAUAAAAAGGAGAUUCGCAUUGAGAGGACAGAUGAGUUUGGUAGAAUUUUGACUCCUAAGGAAGCCUUUCGGUUGAUUUCACACAAGUUCCAUGGUAAAGGACCUGGCAAAAUGAAGCAGGAAAAGCGUAUGAAGCAAUAUCAUGAAGAAUUGAGGAUGAAGCAGAUGAAGAGUUCAGAUACACCAUCACUGUCUGUGGAGAGAAUGAGGGAAGCUCAAGUUCGUUCGAAGACACCCUAUAUUGUUCUUAGUGGUAAUGUCAAACCAGGACAAACUAGUGACCCAAAAAGUGGUUUUGCUACUGUUGAGAAGGAUCUUCCUGGAGGCUUGACACCCAUGCUUGGUGAUCGAAAGGUUGAGCACUUUCUGGGAAUUAAGAGGAAAGCUGAACCAUCGAGCGCUAAUACCCCAAAAAAGGCUAAAUCUUGAUUCUUGGUCUUCUAAUUGUAAGCUUUAAGUUUGACCCUUACAGGGUUCAUUUGUUCUGUUGCUGACCGCAGAUAGUUUGCAGCAGAAUUUAUAUUGUUCAUAUUUCACUGGUGAAAUUUGAUUUUCAUGGAAGAUGCAUGUUGGUAGCUUAAAAUUUCAACGAAUUCUAGCCCAACCCUGCAAUGGUUGUAUUUUUGUACCGAUUUCAUGUAGUCUAGACUCAGGACUCCCUUUGUACAAAUGAGUUAAUCUUCAAUACACUAGGAAAUUUGGUUUUC